AGACGGAUAUAUCUCUUUAAUAACUUUGGCGGGUCAUAGCAUAGGGAUCCAUAGAAUUGCUCUCUCUGAGAUAGUGAGAUAUCCAUUGAAGCGCACUCAACGUUCUCCAUUGAAGCGCAGUUGGCGUGAAUCUAGUUCUUGUAUCCCCCAUUGAAGCAGCUUCUGACUUCUGAGGCCGUGGUAUUCGUUUUGUUAUAAGAGAAAAGCAUGUCUGCAGACGCUACAUCUAGUGUAUAUUCCCAGAAUCUUAAAGGGGACCUUAAUGCACCUUACAUCAAUGCUGAGAAUGUGCAGAGUAAUAUGAAAGUCAUCUAUUACAGCCGGACAUUUAUGUCAAUAGUAGGAGGAAUCAUUGCUGGGAUUCUUGGAUUUACUGGACUAACUGGGUUUAUAUUCUACUUUCUUGUGAUGGCGGUAACUUCAGUGGGACUUACAGCCAAGGCGAAAUUCUCAAUUCAUACUUACUUUGAUAGCUGGAAUCGCAUUUUGCUCGAUGGCUUCUUAGGUGGCCUUAUGUCGUUCGUGCUGUUUUGGACAUUUGCCUAUGACAUUGUGCACAUCUUUUGAUGGACUGCAUGUUACAAGACUAAGAGUCGCUGUUGUUGCUGCUGCUGCUGCUCCCCUUGCAGCCCCAAUUUGCAUUGCUGUUUCCAUAUUCAGAAUUUUUAAUGGAACUCACACUCUCUUUCAGCAGAUGUCAUUUCCAGUUUCUUAUGAUAUUCUAGGUCAAUUUUGACUUUGCUAGUCUUUUUGUUUGAGGAACUUACAGCUGAUGGGAGUUUCAGUUAUAUUUGUUAUUGAUGUAGACAGAUUACUUGAGUAGAAAAGCUUGACACAUGUUUCACUCUUUUUUAAAAGACUUGAAGAUAAAUAACUUUAUAUUCUUUUUUUCUUA